GUUGCUGCUGUUCCGGUGCUGGGCGGUGCGCUGCCGGUGCAGGCUGUCGCCGCCGCUGUCGCCGCCGGUGCCGCGGUAGCCGCAGCAGUCUGGCCCUGCCCUGCUGUCAUUGAGGAUGAGCCCCCGCGCUGCCCAGCGCGCGUCCCGCCCUGCCCGCCCGAGUCCAUUCAUCUAGCGACUGGCCUCCCUUGCAAUUAUGGAGUUUUAGGGGAAUAGAAUAGUGUGGAGGGGGACUCCCCCUCUGCACGCUUGAGGUAGCCCACCUGUGGGAUUUUCUAUGGACAAGACUAUUUGUUAUAGAAGAUGGUGAAAUAAGACUUCUGGAAGCAUAUCUCUUUCUGAUCUUUAUCUGGAUGAAGUGCCAAACACAGCAGUACCAAGCUUUCUGAUGGCAGCUCAAGAAAACUGGAUUUAGGUCUGUGGGAUUCCAAGUCUUGUAAGGCUCUGCCUUGUGCACCGCAUUGGAGUGCCUUGGUACACGUCAGGGGUCGCUCCCCUUGAGGAGAGGAGCAGCUGCAGAGGUGAAGAUGAGCUCUCUCUUGCCAGACUGCACUUCAAAGUGUCGAUCUCUGCAGCAUGCUUUGGAUGUCAUUUCUGUAGUCACCAGAGGAAGUGAAGGGCAGAUCAAGGCCUUUCUGUCUUCUUACUGCUACAAUGCUGCCACUAUCAAGGAUGCCUUUGGUAGAAACGUUAUACAUCUCGCUUCAUCUUGUGGCAAAAAAGGUGUGCUGGACUGGUUGGCUGAGACCAAAGGAGUAGAUCUCUUGGCAAAAGACAAAGAGUCUGGUUGGACAGCUUUGCACAGGAGUAUAUUUUAUGGAUACAUUGACUGUGUGCUCUCCUUGCUGAAGCACGGCGUUAGCCUGUAUGUGCAGGAUAAAGAAGGCUUAUCAGCCCUGGAUCUUCUGAUGAAAGAUAGGCCAAUCCACGUGGUCUUCAAGAAAACUGAUCCCACAGAAGUUUACACCUGGGGCAGCAAUAUAAAUUUUACUCUGGGUCACGGUGGUCAGCAGGGUAAACAUCAUCCUGAGCUGGUGGACCUCUUCCCUAGAAAUGGAGUGUACAUCAAACAGGUGGUACUCUGCAAAUUCCACUCUGUGUUCCUCUCCCACAAAGGUCAAGUCUAUACUUGCGGACAUGGACAAGGAGGACGCUUGGGUCAUGGUGAUGAACAAACAUGCCUGGUUCCAAGACUUGUGGAAGGCUUAGCUGGCCAUCAGUGCUCUCAGAUAGCUGCAGCUAAGGAUCACACUGUUGUGUUAACAGAAGAUGGAUAUGUUUACACGUUUGGUUUAAACACUUUCCAUCAGUUGGGUAUCCUGCCUCCUCCUGCUAGCUGCAAUGUUCCUAGACAGGUUCAGGCAAAAAGCCUGAAAGGCAGGACGGUGACCGGAGUGGCCGCUGGCAGGUUCCACACGGUGCUGUGGACGAAGGAAGCAGUGUAUACCAUGGGGCUGAACGGCGGCCAGCUAGGUUACCUGCUGGAUCCCAAUGGAGAGAAGUGUGUGACUGCUCCUCGCCAGGUGUCUGCUCUGCACCACAAAGACAUCUCCAUGUCCUUGGUGGCCGCCAGCGACGGCGCUACGGUCUGCGUGACUGACAGAGGAGAUAUCUAUUUACUGGCAGACUACCAGUGCAAAAAGAUGGCUUCAAAGCAACUGAACCUUAAAAAGGUUCUUGUUAACGGCGGCCGUCUGGAAUACAAGGUGGAUACCCAGCAUCUUAAAGAAAAUGGGGGGCAGAAGAUUUGCAUCCUGGCACUGGAUGAAGCUGGAAGAGUGUUCUGCUGGAAGUCAUCCCACAGCUGGCUGCGGCAGUGCCGCUGGGUGUACGGCCGGCAGGUCUUCAUGUCCGACAUCGCUCUCAACGGCAGCGAGAUCAUGUUUGUCACACAGGAUGGUGAAGCCUUCACAGGGAAGUGGCUGGAAGAGGGGAAAAAAGCCUCAGAAAAAAAAGAGCUUGUCUCAAGCCUUCAGAACUCUUCCUGUGAUGUGUCUUCCGAGCACGAUUCGAGCAGUGUCUAUGAAAGGAUUCGGCUGCAGAAGCUGACUUUUGUCCACCGAGCUGUUAGCAUUGCCACUGAUCCCAACGGCUGCAACUUUGCUGUUCUGCAGUCAGACCCCAAAACAAGCCUCUAUGAAAUCCCGAGCGUGUCGCUGUCAAGCUUCGGGGAGGACUUUGGCAAACUGCUCCAUGAAACAGAUGAAAUGGACAGCAUCCACGAUGUGACUUUUCAGAUUGGCACAAGAACCUACCCCCUGCACAAAUACAUCUUGGCUAUGCGCUCUGACUUCUUCAGGAAGCUGUUUGCUUCCAGCGACGGCCGCGCGGACGCUGCGGAUGUCUACCGCAAAGAUGAGGAUGCUGUCGGCUGCGACCUGUACGUCCUAGAGAAAGUUCACCCAGAUCUCUUUACAUACCUGCUGCAGUUCAUCUACACUGACACCUGUGACCUUCUGACUCAUGGCUAUAAACCCAAACUCCUGCCCAAAGGGAAAGCAGAAGAGCUCCAAGAUACUUUGAUUUCUAACCUGAGCAAAAUGAGCUUUGAUGACAACGUCCAUGCAGAAUCUGCCUUUGACAUUUACAGGAGUAAUCAGGUGCAGGUCAUGAAUGAGAAGCAGAGGAGCAAGUCUAAAAAGGGCAGGGUUGUUGGUGAAGAGGCCAGCCUCAUCAAAAUGUUGCAAAGUGCAGCAAAGAAGUUUGGUCUCAGCAAUUUGAGUGGAAGGUUGGAUGGAGUCAGGUUAGAAAAUGGAAAAAUUAAUGUUGUCAACAAGAAGAAUGGGAACAAACCAAAGUUAAAUCAGAAGAAAUGCUCUUACCUCUGCGAUGUGACCCUGAAAUCCUUAGAUGGAAAGGAAUUCCCGUGUCAUAAGUGUGUGCUCUGUGCAAGACUUGAUUAUUUUCACAGCAUGUUAAGCAGCUCAUGGAUUGAGGCCUCCUGUUGCUCAGCUCUGGAGAUGCCAAUCCACUCUGACAUCCUGCAGAUCGUUGUGGAUUACCUGUACACAGAUGAAGCUCUUGCAAUCAAAGAUUCCCAAAAUGUGGAAUUCAUCUGCAAUGUUCUGGUGGUAGCAGACCAGCUCCUGAUAGCCAGGCUGAAGGAAAUGUGUGAAGUGGCCAUUGCGGAGAAACUUACUCUAAAGAACGCUGCGGAGCUGUUGGAGUUCUCAGCCAUGUAUAAUGCUGACCAGCUGAAGCUGUCCUGUUUGCAGUUCAUAGGCCUCAAUAUGGCAGCUUUGCUUGAAGCAAGGACUCUCGAUGUCUUAAGUGAUGAAGUGGUAAAGGACCUUUCUGUUUAUUACAGGAAAAUGAUUCCAGCUAUGGUCAGGAGAGUAAUUACUCCAUAUCCAGAUGGACCUGACAUAAGUUCUUUUGAGCCUGAAGAUGGAGAGAACUUUGUCUUCUUAAGGGAUGAAAUGAAUGCAGAACAAAGUACUCAGGAAGCCCUUUUCAAAAAAGCAAAGAACAAGGCAAAAAAGAAGCCACGGAAACGAUCUGACAGCUCUGGAGGAUAUAAUCUGUCAGACAUUAUUCAGAGCCCAGCCUCUGCAGGCUCAGUAAAGCUGGAUAAAACUAACUCUGUGGAAUCACUUCCAGAACUCUUAACGUCUGACUCUGAAGGCAGUUAUGCAGGUGUGGGCAGCCCCAGAGACUUGCAGUCCCCUGACUUCACAAAAGGAUUUCACCCAGAGAGGACUGAGGUGAAGGACAAAGCAUGCGGUCAAGGUAUUAAACUCUCUCAACCUAACAAGGAGACAAAGUCGUACAAGGGCUCGUCAGCACUGACACAGUCUGUUCCACAGUCCAUUCCCAGUGCCAAAAACAACUCUGCAGGCUCUCCCAGCUGGGUAGCAACCAGUUUCAGCCCUGCCAGCCCUCCUGCUAUGGAUCUGAGGACCAUCAUGGAAAUGGAAGCAAGCAUGCAGAAGUGUGGAACCACGCCAAAGGCAAAUUCAGGCAGAAUGGCAGCUCAUGGAAGCAAGCUCUCUCAGAAGCAGAGGAAAAUGAUUGCCCUGGCAGCCAGAGACAGUGGAUCAGUAGGCAGCAGCACGGAGCCUCCUGUGGUCACCCCCACGCCACCUCUCAAAGUUGCCAAACUGGGCAGUGCUUGGUCAUCUCCACUGCACUCGGCUUUGCCAAAAUCGUUCCGAGAUCUUGUAGCGGAAGAAGGAAAGUCUCUGAGGAACUCACCUGGUGCUGGUGUCAGAAGGGCUGGGGCCAAAGGCAGUGAGGAGCCUGCAGUCCAAACCACCAUGAGGUGCACCACUAGAAAUAGCCCAGGUCUGGAAGACCAUGUUCUGGAUUCUCCACAUCCAGAGAGCCACAAUCCCUGGCUGGCAGCAUCACCAGCUGGCUCGCCUGUCACAGCACCUGUCAUGUUUUCAGCUAUUGUAGAGGAAGAGCUCCAGCAAGAAGCUGCUCUUAUUAGGAGCAGAGAAAAACCUUUGGCUUUGAUCCAGAUCGAGGAGUGUGCUAUUCAAGACCUGCUGCUCCACUACGAAGCCUUCGACAACCCUGAUGAAUUUGUGACUGUUGAAAGGGCUCCACAGGGACCUAUGGCAGCACCUACGUGGAACAAGCACUGAGCUGCACUCUGCACAGGCCCUCUUGUGUCUGCACUACUGAAGUUCUCACUCUUGCAACCAAGUGAAACACAACUGGAGGAAGAGGAAGGAUGUAGUUUGUAACAUCAGCAUUAAAGCCCUGCACAUAAUCACUAGGUACUUGUUAGAGAAUGGAGCUCAUGCCUCCCCUCUGCCCUCGUCCCACAGUAUCUGUUGUCUGUGUGUGCUUGGGGAGACUGCUUCCCCAAGAGAUACCAUUAGUAAUGUUCCAUGCAGCUGUAGAUUGGGAAUGCAUUUGCUAACCUGGAAUGGUGAGGGGCUUCUGUUAAUUCACAGGUGGCUGAAAGGCCAGCGCUUGUUCUGUGUUUGGAGGAGGAGCUGAAGGUGCAGAAAUGGACACCUGUAACAUAUUGGGGUGCAGCUGUUCUUCAGAGCUUCCUGGCAAACUGGGGAUACUGGCAAAAGCUGUGCUUGGACUUAAUGUAGAACUGCAGUUGGAGAGUGCAGCUCUCCUGAAGAGUGGCAGGCCCUGCUCCUGGAUGGGCCUCUGUGCUGUGCUGAGGGCCCUGCCCUUGCCUGCUCUCACCCCAGUGCUGCAUCUUGUGACCUUUGGGCAAUCAGCUCUUGGGGGGGGAAGUAAAGCACAUGGCUGAGUGGAAGAUGGAAACACUUCAUCAGCUCAUACUUUGUCUUGUCCUGGUAAAGGUGGUGCAGCUUAGAACCACUGGGUGUGAGCUACAGCUCACUGGGAGUGCUGAGCAAAUAAGACACAUCUCUAUUCACAGGGGAGGCUUACGGGGGGGGCUGCCUGGCUGUGCAGGUGGCAGGCACUGCCUCUGAAGGGUGAUCAGAGGUGGCUUUCAGUAUUGUGUGUUCUGAAGUUCUCUGUGCCUGGUUUCAGCAGAUUUGUGUAUAUAUAUAAAGGCUAAAAAAGUAACCUCCUCUGCACUCCUGUCCAGUUUGUCUGCCUCCACAGCUGUGUUUGAACUUGGUGUCAGUAGUGUCAGGACUCAAACUCUGGAAGCCUAGAACUGAAAGAGCUACAGAAGGUGAAUGUAGAGAAGGAUCACUGUGUGAUGAAGGAAUCCUGAUAAGACAAAAACAACCCUACCCAGAGCUGACUCAAUGGUUUCAGGCCAAGCUACACCAAAAACUCCCCCACCAAAGUUGUAAAGAACUGCAAUAAAGCAUCAAAUCUUGGUUCGCACCA